UGCAUUUCAAAUGUUUACACAUCAUCAAAUUGAUCGACCGGUUACAAAUGUACAGAAUGAUUAUGCGUUACGGAAUGAACAAAGGAUCUCGCCUUUUGGCAGUGAUCCGGAAUUUGCAUCAAAUGGCGAAGCUCUCCAAAUUCAUGCACCAAAUGAUUCAUCAUUUGACAAGUGGACCUUAAGUCGUUGGAAUGCUGGACUGAACAAAAAUUUACAACCUUAUAUCAAUGCAUCAUUAAAUGGUGAUCAAUUAGAUGUCAAUACGUCAAUCCAGUUGCAUAGAAGACGUGAAAUGGUUAAAUAUGCUGUUAAUGAUUGUUUGGCAGUUACUCGUCUAUCAUCUGCAAUUACAAAAUUAUCACAGCAACAAAAACAACAACAUCAAUCCGAGUCAUCAUCUAAUCCUCAAUAA